CGCGCAGCCGCGGCAUUGUGCCUCCAGCCUCCAGCCAUGGCGGACGCGCCGCCAGAGGUCCUCGAGCUCAACGUAGGCGGCGUGCAUUACGCGACUACACGUGAAACGCUGUUGCGCGAGCCAGAAUCGCUUCCGGCUGCCGCUCUCGACGAUUCCGAGCAUCCCCGAGACGCUCGCGGCCGAAUAUUUUUUGAUCGCGACGGCGUUUUGUUUCGCUACGUUUUAGACUAUCUUCGGGACGGUGGUUUAGUCUUACCUGAAUGUUUUCGGGAGCAUAAAAGACUCGCGCGAGAAGCGAAGCACUACAGACUUGUUGGACUCGAGAAUGCAGUGCGGGAUGCCGAUCCGCGGCCUCCGAACCGCGAACGUGGCUGUAUCACAGUGGGAUACCGCGGCAGUUUCGCGUUUGGCAGAGACGGACUCGCGGACGUCAAGUUCCGCAAACUAUCCCGUAUUCUAGUUUGCGGUAAGGUGACUCUGUGUAGAGAUGUAUUUGGGGAAACUUUGAACGAGUCUCGCGACCCGGAUCACGGUCUGACGGACAGAUAUACGUCGCGAUUCUUCCUGAAACAUUCUUUCAUUGAGCAGGCUUUUGAUAUGCUCCAAGAGAACGGGUUCAAGCUAACCGCCAGUUGCGGCAGUGGCACAGCUGGCGGCGCGGCGGCAGAACUGAAGCCAGGUGUAGACUCAGAAGAGAACCGCUGGAAUCAUUAUAAUGAAUUCGUCUUUGUUCGCGAAUAAUUAGGUAAUUUGGAUAUUUCUUUAUAAGAAUUAUUUGUUAUACGCCAAAAUGAUUAGUUUGAAUUAAUAUUGUCCUCUUUAGUAGUUGUUCGUGUAUGGAACUAAUUCAAUGUACGUAGUUAUUGGAAUAAACAUGACACGCAUUUAAAGUAGGCACAAUAAUAAAUAGACAAUUUGUUAAUCGUAAUUAAUAACUUUUACUCUCAUAUACGAUACCUACAGGUAUAUUAUAACGUAUCUUUGAAUUGUAUGGUAGCUACUUGGUAGCAAAUACCAAAUGUUACAUAGCAAAAUAAUAAAAGCCCACCUUUUAGGAAAUAACAUAAGAAAAAUGUUCUUUAAAAAUGUGUAGAUACAUACAUAGUAGUAAUAUUAAGAGUAUAAUUAUCAAAAUAGUUUAAAGAGUUUGUAAUGUAAAAAAUAUAUAAUCUAUUUGUAGUUGGCUAGAAUUAUCUCCUCUAAGUAAUCUAUAUAUUUCGUGAAGUUUAAGAAUAUUUUUGUAAUUACCUGUUAUAACCUUAUCAAUUUUAUAGAUAAUUGCUUUCCUAUUUGACUCAUUUAUUACUCGGAAUUUCGAAAAAUACUUCUUGUAUACUAUUUUUUUUAAUUAAUUCGGUGUUAUGAAUGCGAAUUAGUAUUUAAUUCUAUACCUAGUGUAUUUGCAUUUUGCCCUAUACCUACCUAGAUAAAGAAAAUCUAUAUGUAAUAUUUUCUUACUCCCCUACAGUAGACGAGUAGCAAUAAGUUAUGUAAUUACCAUUGUUAUUAAAGUAUCUAAGAAAAGAUUGAAUUCAAUCAAACGAGCGUUACAUAUGUACCUUAAUAAAAUAGUUCAACAGUUCCCGUUAAUAAUAAUUAGUAAAGCAAGUACUUUAGUAAUAUAGGAAGUGUGUCUGUGUUUUGAAGUAAUUUUCUCGGAACUUGUAGAAAAAUUGUAUCUUUUACGUACGAAGUUUGGUCGUUAAUGUUAGACUUAGAACUUUGUGUAAGUAUUACGGUGAAAGUCAGUCGGUGUACUUAGAAACAGGUGGUUUAUUUUUUCAGAGUACAGUUGAUAUUAUUCUUUGAUCUCUUUUUACCGUCAAGGGUCAAUGCUGAUGUUUUUUGUUGUUCUUCCUAAACGUAGUGGAAUAUAUAUGUAUAUUUUAUUAGUAAAUGUAUGUUUGUUAUGUAAUAAAUUUAUUAAUAUUUACCUAUCUCCUAAUAAAUUCUUGUUAGGUUCUAAGAUACCUACCUACUUAUUUUAUAUUAAGAUAACUAUUGGCUUUGAAUGUAUAGAGAGACAUUUAGAAUAGUAAUCAGAUUUUUAUUCAUUUUAGAUGUAUAAAUAUUAUAUAUAUAUACCUAUACCAAAAUAUGUACCUAUUGUAGAAAAUAUACUACCUAUACAAAAUUAUGGUUUAAUACAGAUAACUUACCUUAAUAGAAAUUCAUAAUAACAUACCUAUUACGUACCUACUUAACUUAUUGUAUGUAGUUGAAAGUAAUUUUUUGAGUCUCCUUCUACCAUCGUUGGUCUGGACAAUUUAUUUCGAAAUCAAUUAUUAAAGAUAAUAUUAAAAAAAUCUCAGCUAUUAAAUAGUAAAGUUUGAAAAAUAUGACCUACAGAACUAGAGUUUAAACUUCAGGUUUCUAGAUAAGGUAGUCCUGUGCUCAUCUAUAAAAUGUUUAAUUUAGGUGUACCCUAUUUGAACAUCAGAUUGAGAAUACAUAUAUAAUAUAUAUAAAUCCAGUGUCCUGGUGUUUGUUUCCAGUUGAACUCCUAAACUAAAGAACUAAAUACGGAUUUUAAUGGGAUUACUUCAUGGUGUGCAGUUUAGUCCAACUUGAGAGAUAGGAUAGUUUUUAUUUCCGAUUUGGGACCCAUAAUUAUUUCUAUUUCCAAUAUUUGUUUUGUAUGGAGAUAUUUUCGAUGAGAUAAAUUUUUGCACACGGUUUGACAGUUCUCCUGUGAAACAAUUUCAUUAAAACCAACAGGAGGCAUAUAUAUUUUACGAAAUAGUUCUUGAUGUUACCUAUGUAAUAUUAUUAAAAAAUUCAUAUAAAA